CCCACGUGGAUGAGAGAUAUGUUGAAAUCAAGAAUGUCGACGGAACGGUCGACGUAACUCCAGGCAAAUACUCUUGGUAUAAAGGUGACGUAGUACUUGAAUAUGUUGACCAUCGCCCGCAGCCUUUUUGUUCGGGCAAAAGAAUCUGCUUAAAACAAAAUAGGGCGUCCCUCUGGGACGAUGUGUUGAAAAUGAAUCAGGACGCGGGAGGUACCUGGACACAUGAAAUGGCGAUCCAAGUGGAGUCUCAGUUGUUGUUGGCCAUGUACCCAAAAAUAGAUUUGGAUCCAAACUCGACAUUUCAGAGCAUGAAAGGAUAUGAUCCUGCGGAUGGACCGGUGGAAGAGGUUCAUCGUGAGCUUAAAACAAAGAAGCGAAAGUUAAAUUCGUACGAACUCGAGCAAGAGGCGGCCAAAAAGGCUAGAAAAGAACAGAUGAUGUUUAUGAUGGAUGAGCGGCACGGGAAAGAGUUUAAGCCUACUUUUAAGCUUCUUUCUUACUUCAGGAGGAACGGGGUAACUAAUGUAACUUCCUCUAUCGGUAACGACCUUGACAUUAACAUGGCAGAAUCAGGAUUGUCCACGUCGGCCAAAAAGUUGGGUCAACAAUUCGUUCGAAAACUAAGGUUCGAACGGAACUUUACUGAUGAGAACGGUAAGGAUGGUAAACAAUAUAAGAUUUAUACAUUACUUAACAUAUACCAAGAUGUAAAUGGAAAACAUGAGGCAAUUUGUCACUCUCUUAGUGAGAAGUAUCUGCAAGCUAAGGGCUUGAAUACAGUUGAUGACAAUGUAUGUAAUUUGGAAUUAGAUGACAAUAGAGCCACAUUCAGAACCGAGCUAGAGGACGCUGCAGCUUACGAAGCCUUUUUGAAAGCAUUCGUCGUUCUAUAUUCGAUCGACAAUAGCUUGAAAUUUGACUCUGAAGAAGUCGAUAAAGUUCCGGUCGAAAUGUUGACUGAAGUUACGACCGAAUUGACAAAUAAGCAAAUGGAAAUGAAAUUUGAUAACAUGCAACCGUAUGAAAUCAUUAAAUUAUUGCCUCAUCAAUCAGAUGGUGAGAAUAUAACGAGCUCUAAAGAAGAAGCAAAGAGCUUAUCCGUUUCCGACCUUUACAAUUCUGCAGCAAAAAAAAAGGCUAUGCAAGAAAAGCCAACAGCAAGUUCAUCAGUGAAUCAAGAUCCAAAACCACCACCAAGACGAAACUCCAAAAUUGGUAAAAUUAGUACGAAAACUCAAGCUCAAGAUCCAGCUUCUGCACAAAGUCAAAAUGUUGUUAAUCAACAGAUGACUUCACAAACUCAAAAUUUGCAACUUCAGACACAACAUCAUCAGGCUACGCCAUCGCAGCAUAUGGACCAACAACCGACAUAUAGUCCUGUUCUCCAACACAAUGUUCCGAUUCAAUUGCCACAGACGACUUCCAAUGGAACUCAUCCAGUUCUUCAACAAAAUCCUAUUUCGACGAUUGCACCACAAAAUACCGUAUUACAAGUUCCCAUCCAAAUUCAAAACAAUCCAAAUGUAUUUCAUUUGAUGCAGAGACCAAACCAUAUGGGUGGACGACCCAACACUCAAGGACUUUCUAACGUCCGAAUAAAUAUUCAACAAGGAAUUAAUACCACUCAAGUAAAUUCUGUUGCCAAUCAGCAAGGAGCAUUAACUCAAGAUGCUAAUAUUAGGCAAGGUGUUAGGAGAAGAACAACACAAGAUCAGUCACAAAUUAUUCCAGUGCAACAAAUGAGCAAUAUCCCGACGCAGCAAAUGAGUAUCCAUUCACAGCAAAUUAAUAUCACUUCGCAGCAAAUGAAUAUCUCGGCGCAGCAAAUGAAUAAUAUUCCGACGCAAAUGAUUCCGACGCAACAAAUAAAUAUUCCAACGCAACCGAUUACACAAGUACACAUUCCAUCUCAAACAAGUUCCUCUCAGAUGAGUCAAAUACAGGUGACUCCACAGAUCAAUAUUCCAACACAACCAACUGAUCAUUUAAAUAGAACAUCUCCUCUAAAUAUACAAAGUAAAAUGAAUCAAACUAACAUUUCCGCACAAGUAUCUGAUCAAAUCACCAUUCAACAAGCACAAACAACACCAAGGAUUAAUCCCGUACGGGUUACUCCUAAGUUAAGUCAAGCGCAGUCGAAAUCUCAAAUCAAUAUUCCUGCACAAGUGACCGAUCAGGUCAACAUUUCGUCGGUAACUCCACAGAUUAAUCCUGUACGAGGCUUGCAGGUCAAUACCACUGAUCAGAUGAUUCAUCAGAUGAGUCAUACACGAGUUAAUCCCCAAAUGAACCUUCAGAUACAAUCGACUGACCAGAACGCUUCUGCACAAGGAACAACUCGAAUUAAUCAACAGCGGUCAUUCCAACAGAUUCAACUCGCUCCACAAAAUCCAAAUACGCCUUUCCUAUAUAGAUCUCAAAUUGCACCACGUACUCAUGGGAGAAUUAUAAAUCCAGGAAUGAUAAACAUGCAAGGAAUGAUGCCACAACAAUUUAUACAGGGGGGGGGGUUGCUACCAAAUUCAUUCCUGAUACAAAAUAUGGCAAAUGCUCAAAUACUACAAAGACGAAUGCGUCCACAAUUGAUCUUAACACGGCAAAUGACAAAUAUGCCGACGCAAAUGAUUCCACAGCAACAACAGAUGACCAUGAAUCAACAUUUAGGAAUGAACGGAGGUCAAUGGAUCUUCCAAAAUCAACCACCACAAAACCCUCAAAACCCUUGGGGUGGCAACAAUGCUG